AAAAUGAAUUCCGAAGAUCCUCAGAACAAAAAGAUCAUGGCGUUAACAGAGGAAAGAAUACAAGAUAUUGAGAAAAAGAAAGAAGUACUCGAAGGCUUAUAUUGUCAAGCUAAAGAAUGCUUGACAAAAGCAGAUGGAGGCGAGUUUUGUGCUGUUGAAGUAAUGAAUCUUGUGGAGGAGUCGCAGAAAAUUAUCGAAUCAGAGUUGAAAUGGAACAAUACCAAAGUGUCUUUGCCACUCAUUGAUGUGAAAGUACUUAGUACUGCUGUAAAUACUCUGAAGCUUAAUGCCAGUAGCAUGGAUGUCAAUUGUCGGACGUUUGAGACACUUGAAUGUGCUGAAAAGCUUUUACCAUUUCUGGAACCUGGACAUAUGGAUUCUUUGUUUUCAUACAGUGAAAAAUGUUUCAGUAUGACUGUUCCAACGUUUCCAUUUUUAUAUGGAACACUUAAUGAGGAGGAAACACAAAAAGUUGUCAGAAGACAGAGAGCAAAACCAGCAGAAAACGUUGAGAGUGAAAAGAAACGCCCAGAAAAUGUCACAACUUUAGAGAAGGAAGAGACUGAAAUUCAAAAAGUGCUCCAGCGUAUGAUAAAGGUUCUUCAUGCUGAAAGUGGUAAAAGCAAGAAACCAGUAUCCUAUUUCCAUUUUGUUGUAGACCCCAAGUCAUUUUCAAGAACAGUUGAAAACAUGUUUCACGUAUCAUUUUUAGUGAGAGAUGGUGUGGUGCUUCUGACUUUAGAUGAAAACAAUGUUCCAGUCCUUGUACCAGUGAGCUCAUCUGAGAUAGCCAGGAGAGAGAAAACUGGCAUCACCAGGAAACAACUAAUAAUUGAUAUUACAAUGGACGAUUGGCAGUACUUAAUAAAAGAAUUUGAUAUACAGCAGCCACUGUUCAGACCAAGAACUGGAUGAUAAUAUUCAUAGGGGCAAGUCAUAUUUUGAAGAUCAAUUUGUACCCAACUUAAACAUUUCAUUGCUCAAUGGAGAUUUGAAAAAUGAUACAUGUCAUUGACAUUAAAGUCAAAGGAGCAGUCUCAUAAUUUGUAACCUGAGACGGGUGAAAUAGAUCACUCAGUUUCUUUUUAGUACCUGAUGUCUGUGUUGUAUGUGUUGCAUAUUUUAACAAAUAGGUGUGAAAUUGUGAACAACUGAAGAAUAAAUUAAGUAUUCAAUGUAAAAGUUAGAUGUAAAGAAAAAUCACUUUUGUCAGUUGUUUUCUUUUACGAACGUUUUAAAACCAUCUUCAGACGUUAGCUGAAAUAGUACACAGUUGUUACAGUGAUGAUCAGAUCAAAUCAGCUAAUAAAGACUUAAGUUUAUGCAGAGAUUUGGCUUAAGAUGACUAAAUAUAUGUAAAUAGUUGGCUACAUAUGAUUGAUAAAGCUUUGAUGUGUACCUGAUAAGUACAGUACAUCUCUUUUAUUUGUCCUACAACAAUAAAAUUGCAGAAAAUUUUACAGUGGGAGGGAGAAGAUCUUGUUUGAUAGAAAUAAAAAUGUUACAUGGCAUUGAAAAUCUGAAGCUUGACUGUCAUCAUGCAUAAUAAAUGUUUUUAUUUGCAGCUGGUUCAUAUGUGGUGACAUUGCAAGGGUAGUAAUGUGGGAGGCUGUAUAAGAAAUUUUACUUCUGUGGAAUUGGUUUUGGGCUACUUUUCCAAUUACCGUUAGCAUGUGUGUGACCUUUAGCGAUAGAAUUGAAUUAACCAACAUACGGAAAAUCUCCAAAACAGAAAAAUGAAUAUUUUUUUCAAACCAUUUCGUCAGUGUUCCUUUCCUGAACCAACUAAUGAACACACACACACACACACACACACACACACACACACACACACACACACGCACACGCACCUAUAAGACUGUUCCACAGUAAAUUACCUCAUUUGACCAGGUCACAAAUCAGUAAAAGUCUGGUGCCGUACCUGUAUUGUGAUACGCCUAUAAGAUUUUAUUUUCAGAUCUAUUUUAACUAGAGAUGAUACACAUAUACAUUGUACUUUUAGUACACCAUUAUAGAAUGACAGGUUAGAUAUGGCUGAAUGCAGUGAUCAGCCAGCUCGUUGACUAUAUGUAAUUGAGUUAAUAGACCAUGAAAUUGUUGACUUCAGUCCUGCUGGCUUUUACAUAAAGAUACUCUCAGGAAUGUACUGUAUUUACCUGACUAACAUAACACACACCCCUUCGCCCCCCCCCCCCUUCCCCUUUAUUAUUUUACUUUAUUUUUAAAAGAAAGAGAGGCUUUGUUAGAAUUUUUUAUAUUUUAUGUAUUCUGACUGAUCAAAAUUUCAAACUGUUUUAUGGGUAAGCUGUCAGCCUAAAAAAUUUUACAUUAUAGCUAUUGUAAACUAAGUCCAUUUAUUGUCAACAUUUUGGUAAUAUAUGGAGAAAUAAAUGAUACAAACAAAUUUUUCUCUUCCAUCCAUAUUUACUUGCAACCUAAGCCAGUAGUAUGUUAUACCACUGUUUUAAUAAUAAUAAUAAUAAUAAUAAUAAUAAUGAGUCCUUUCAGGCUGGCCGUGUGUGGCCGAGCAGUUCUGGGUGCUUCAGUCUGGAACUGCAAGACCGCUACGGUCACAGGUUCGAAUCCUGCCUCGGGCAUGGAUGUGUGUGAUGUCCUUAGGUUAGUUGGGUUUAAGUAGUUCUAAGUUCUAGGGGACUCAUGAUCUCAGAAAUUAAGUCCCAUAGUGCCCAGAGCCAUUUUGAAUCCUUUCAUUAUAUAUUCAUUAGAGAUGAAUUAGGACCUUAUACAAGCCACUCAUUGUAAAUCUGUCACAAGUGAGUAUUAAAAGGUCAAUUCAUUACAGUAUCCAUUACUUGAAGUCGUGAGGUCAUAUCGCCAAGAAUUAUUAUCAGAUGUAGGUUGUUCUUUGAUACCAGAUCCUUAACUUCCUGGGUGAAGUGUCCCCUGAAGGAAUCAAGUUCAAACAUUUCCUUCUGUUAUGCAAAGAGCCUGGUAAUUUUUGUUCAAAGUAACCUUCACCAAUUUAGCAUCGGGCCAUUUGUCGUCCAUCCCUCUCCUUGACAUCUAAAGAGAAGUCAUGCAGGCAGUUUCUCUUCUCACAUAUGGAGCAGCUUCCUUCAGUCUGCUAGUGUACUCAGCAUUACUGUUAUUCUGUCCUUUUCAUUGUCAGAACUUAUAGGAAGACUACGAAUUCCCUUCUCGUCAAGAGGUGAUGUAUAUCAAAAUAAAAGUGUCUGAUCAGCUUAGUCCAAAUAGAAUAGCAAAUAGUGGUGCUAUUUUCUUAAAUUGAUUAUGUGAUAGUGAUAAAAAAAAAAGUAGAUUUUUGUCAGAUACUGUGGGAGGUCAUCGUGCUAGCAUUGUUUUGUGUUGUAAUGUAGGCUCUGCCAUCAUCAUCAUAAUCAUAAUCACCACCACUCACCAGUCAGUAGAUGUUUUGAAUUCUGCAAUGCAUUCAAUUGGAACAAUUCUCUCUGUCUCGUGCAAUUUGUCAGCUAAUUCGUCAAAUAUUGAGGAAGCCUUCAUUGCAUUUCUUUUACAUGUACUGCUGCAUUUCGCGAAACCCUCCCUGCAUUGGACCUCGGAGAGUUUGGGAUUAAGAAUUGGUGUUCCUCAAUUUAUUUGCAAUAUGAUGCCAUCUCGGAAUGUACUCUUCUGUGACAACAGAUUUUCUUCCUGCUGCAAUGUUGUUUGUAGCAUCUGUUUUGUGCAUCAUCAUUAACUUAAAAUUAGUGUUGUAUUGUCUGUGUGAACCAAUUGUGAACAGUGAUUUCAUGUAUCCAUGUUUCUCAUCAGUCACUGCUUUUGUUUGUACCCAUUAUCGAUUGCAAUAAUUUACGGUUUAUGCAGUUCUGAUAGUAUGAGCAAGCUGAACGACAACACAUUAUUUUCUUGAUUCUCACAGCUGAAUUGGCUGAAAUUGUUCUGCUUUGUAUUAACAGUACACUUCGAAACUUCUUGCCAACCUUGCAAAUAAACAGCACUGUGGGGCAGCAGCAGCUUAAGCACUGUUGAUGAACCUCACUUUUCGUAUGUUGUGCCACUUUUCAAGUGUGCUGAGUAAACGUAUUUUUGGUAGUGUUAAUUUGGCUCAUGUGGAAAUAUUUACUAUUGAGUAUUCACCCAUUUAUAAAGUGGGUUCAACUCCAACUACAAUUGAAUUCAGGAAAACUGCAGUUAUAGUGUGAUAAAAUGGCCAUAAAUACCACGUUAUGCAGGAUACAUGCCUGUAAUUUGCUACGUAAUGUGACUCGUGCACGCCACUCUCCUCUCAAUAGUCAUUGUAGUGCUUGGCCAAGCAGGUGCCAUUACUCCCCCUCCUGCCCUGCAGAAUUCUUCAGAUUAAAUCUGCAUGGCCUCAGUUGCCAAAGACUCAUAUGCAAAUGCCAGACCACCCUGAUGUUCAACUCUUCCACAAAGUAAAAAUGUUGAACUCUGCAACUACUAUUCAAUUUGCGAAUGUGUAAGACUUCUCUGUAUUUUUCAGAUUACUAAUUCGAGGAAAACCUCAUCUUAUAGUCAAGUAAAUAAGAUAAUAUAUUGCAGGAAACUGUAUUUGCACAACUGAAUUGACUUGCAGAGAUACAGUACAUAGCAUGCUUUGGAUCAAGAUCUUCUUUUCAACAUAUUUUGCAGUGUUAUAUAUUUAUUUUCUAAUGAAAGAUUGCCUUAGUUUCCAUUUUUGUAAGAGCAAUCUGGAAGGACCACUUAUUAUCAGCGUGAAGAAAAUUACCAUCUAAGCCAUUGCAGUAUUUAUUUUUCAGUAGUGUUUAUAAUAUAAUGUAGGUUUAGUGUAGUAAUGAAUAAUCUGUUAUCCAGAUGGUGAUUUGUAGCAGCAUUAUUGUAGCUAAACUCUUUUUUUCCCACAAGAAAUGUAAAAAUAUAUACAGGGUGAUUCUAAAUUAGAUGCCUAAAACUAACAUUAAAUAUUGAAGGAGAUUUACUUACUUGAAAUAAUUUUUUCUCUGUUGUGAAACUGACAGGACAUAAAUCUUUCUAUAAAUGUUCCACGUGGCUUCCUCUCAUCAUACAACAGGUACCCUGUAUGUCCCUCUCACAGCUUCCACAGUGUGGCCUGUUACGCACGAGAGACCUUGACCUAUCUUAUGACGUGCCACAAAACCUGAAUCCACCAACUGUUCACGCCACACGCUUUCAAAGUCCUUGCAUGAGAUAGAGCUUUGCGAUACCUCUAUUCUGAAGCAUCAUGUGUUUUGUCAUACCACUAUACUUAACAAGUUUCACACCCUUAUAUGUCUCCAGUGUUACUUCACAAUCACUAUUUAUGCAUAACAAGGGAGUAGAUCAAUAUCAGGAAGUGUAGGAUUGAAGCUUUAGAGAUUUGAAGAGCUCUGGAGAAUAAUCAGUCAUUGGUUUAGAAAUUAUUUACUGGUUUCUUAAUAUAACUAAUUUAGAAUAACCCUGUAUAAUGAUAAAAAAAAGUAAAGUAAGUUUCAACACAGAGUGUUUUACUGGUCAUAAUGUUGUUGGAGGGGAGUGUCAUUGCCACCCUCCAAACUUUCUAUUGACUUACCCACCGCGUUGCAGGGGUUCCACAGUUAACAUGGACUCCAAAACCUGAUGCAAUAAGGCAUUUUUCAGUUUAACAAGCAUUUGCCAUAGAUGGAAGAAGCCAUAAAUUAUACCUACAAAUCAGGGGAUAAAACCUGAGACAUUUGAUUUCUAGUCCACUGCUUAACCAGUGAGACAAAGCCACAUAUUUCUUUAUUAGCUGAGUCUUUUAUUGGGUUGAAAUACAAUGAACUGAAACAUUGCACAGAUGUUGAUGAAAAACUUAACCAUUAUCAAUACAGCAUUCAAAUUAUUUGCAUUAAGCAAAAAUUUUAAAAAAAAGGUGCCAGUUUUAGUACUCCUUUUGUAUCCACAAUUGUACCUGUAAUUUUUUAAAGCAGCAUAAACUGAUUAAUUCCUUGCAGAACAUUUUCUCUGUGAUAUGUCUUCAUGUUCUUUGAAACGUUUUUAAAUAGGAUUGCCACAUAUAUUAGGGUGAAACAACAAUCUUGUCUGUAACACAAGGAAAUGUACAUGUGAUAUUUAUGUUGAUCAUAUGAAAGACUUGUUCACAUUUGUUGUAGAUGAAAGUGAUUUGUCAAAAUUUUUUGUUAACUGUAUACAUAAUAAAAUGGAGAAGUGAAGUACA